CAACACCGGCAUCUGCAGGAGCCUCCUCACAAGCACCGCCCAUCCUUUAUCAACGGAACCAACAGUACUCGCAAAACAAGCAGAGCCCAACACUGCGGGCUCGGUGCCGCCGAAGCAGUCACAGGGAGGACCAGAGGCAAUGCGUCCACCUCAAGAACCUCCAAAGGUAUCCAGUAUACACGACACAGCUACCCAAGGGGAUCCACCAACUGAGGAUCGGGCGGAACAAACAUUACCCCCAGCAAAAGCCAAUGAUAAUUCCAACGAUCACAGUGAAGAGGGCACUGCGGAGGAAAGCACCGUUGAUACUCCAGCAUCAGGUGCUGUGCAGACAGAAGGAGACGAAAGUGAAACACCGGGCAGCGGCUUGAAGAAAACAAAAACACCGCACACUACAGUUGAAGGAAGUAACACAGUAAAGCCUGGCGACAGUGAGAGCAGCCCCGCGGCUCCUCCAGCGGGAGAGUCAGACACUGCCACAACCACAAGACCGAACAAUCAUGAUGCGCGUAGCCUCAACAACAAUGGCAACAAUGCAUUUACAGAAGAAGUGGAUCAGAAGGAAGCAGCAAUAAAACCCAAAAGCGCACCAGACAGCAUUGACACUGCAGCAGCCAACAGUGAAGCAUCCACAGCAGCCAUAAACAUCUCCACUAACACAACAAACAAAACAAACACCGUCGACAGUGACGGCAGCACCGCGGUCUCCCACACCAUCUCCCCUCUUUUGCUUCUUGUUGUUGCGUGUGCGGCUGCUGCGGUGGUGGCCGCGUGA